AUGAGUUGCAAGGAAGAAGAUUUGAAAAAGUUAGAACGAUUGUAUACAGAAUUUGAAGAAAUUCGUGGAAGAUCCGAUGAUGUGGAAACAAUCAAUUUGGCAGUGAAAUUGAUGCUAAAGGAAGAAUCUUGUAAGACGAUUAAUCUUGCUGCCGCUUUAGGACUACAAGAAUGUUUCAACAGAUGUGCAACUCGAAUCAAUUAUAAGUUUUUUGACCACAAGUCUGCCGAUGGGACGGCAGCACAUUACGGAAUUGGUCAUAAAUGCAUUAUUGAGACAAUCGAAAAAAUGGUGAGCAAAAAAGAUUUCGCAGAGUUGAUGCAGCAUCCAAAUGACUUUAAAAUCACGCCAAUUCAUCUUUCUUUAAAAUAUGAGGAAGUUCUUCAUUAUUUACUGAUGAAUUAUCCGCAAUUUUAUGCAUCUGCAUACGCAUUCCCGCUUAUAAAAACGCUGUGUAACUUGAACAAAGAUGAUGCCGAUCGAUUUUCAAGAGUUUGCAAAAUGAUGACAGCAGCGAAUCUUGGAUUUUGGUCUCAAUCGAUAGAUGUCUUGGAGAGAACAAUUAUUUUCGAAAAAUUGGAUAUGAAAGCAAUGAAGACAAUUCUUAAUUGUUUACCCACUGAGCUUAUCAACAAGAAAGACAAAACGGGAAAAACGGCUCUGCAUGAAGCAGUUAUAAGAAACGAUAUAGAAGCUGUAGUCGCACUGAUAUCGUAUGAAGCAGAUGUUAACGUUGUUGAUAAUACCGGUAAUCCGCCGUUGGGUUAUGCCAUUAAGUUAUCCGAAAUGUCCUGCGCAAAAGCACUCUUACUGUUUAAUGCAGACCCUUUUCUUAUCAAAGGGGCUUGUACAAAUAGUAAAAUGAAAGAUUUAAUUACUAUUGGAUCGCAUGCCCAACUUCAACAGGAAACUCGCGAAUUCAAAUGGAAUGAAAGCUCAAUAUUGUUGCUUGCUUUGGCCAAAUACAACGAUUUGGAAAAAGUCACUCGAUUGUAUCUUCGGCUGAAAGAUGAUAUUUUCAAUGGAAGCCGUCCCUACGAUGGAGCAGUUCUCGAGAAACGCCUGGUGGAUGAAAUAGGUACAUCGACAUUGGCAGAGAUCGCAAAAGAAAAGGAAUUUCGUUUGGCUAUUGCUGUUACAAGAGUUGACAUCAGUCCACCAAAACUGGAAAUCUUCCGUAGCUACAAACCUCCGGCCAACAUAAAGGACGACCGUUUCAAUUCCCUCGAAGACUGGCCUGCCGCCAAAAUAUGUCGAUGUUCGUGUGCUGCGCCAACAUAUUUCCCAGCUGUUGAAGGAAAAUACAUGGAUGGUGGAAUAACAGCAAACAAUCCAUCUUGCGAAAUUUUAUGUGAUGAGCAAACCAUUCGCCUUCUUGCGCCGAGCACUGGGCGUCACAUGAAGAUACUUUUAUCAAUAGGAACAGGAAAAACACCAACGAAAAGAGCUGAAAACGUCGAUAUUGCUCUGCCGAGUUCAUCAACUGCGGUUGCAAAGUGUGUUGAUCUAUGGCACUCUCUAAAUUCAAUCGUUCAUAUGAAAGAUGUUUUCAUUGAUCAGCUCACUGCUGCCGAUGGAAUAAUUAUCAGAAUGUCGAAGAUGAGCAAGGGAUUGAAGCGGAAGUUUGACCAAGUGUCUGGCCUACAGGCUUUAAACCAGAAAUACGCUUGUUUGGAUCAACAGAACAUGUUUCAAGUAAUGUAUAUUUGGAUCGAUGGAACUGGCGAAAAUUUGCGCGGAAAAACCAAAACAUUCGAUUUUGAGCCGAAAGAGGCUAGCGAUUUACCUAUAUGGAAUUUCGACGGCACCUCUACAGGACAACAACUUGGGGAUGGUUCUGACGUUUUCAUUCGUCCGGUAGCACUUUUCCGUGAUCCAUUUCGUCCGGGACCAAACAAAAUUGCACUUUGUGAAACACUCGAUCAUGAUUAUCUUCCGCAUCCUACGAACACUCGACAAAUGUGUAAAGAAGUCAUGGAGAAGGUCAAAGAUCAGGUUCCAUGGUUCGGAAUGGAGCAAGAGUACACUCUUCUAGAUGUUGACAAACAUCCAUAUGGAUGGCCCAAACACGGAUAUCCGGGACCGCCUGGUCCCUACUAUUGUGCCAUUGGAACCGACCGGAUUUAUGGACGAGAAAUUGUUGAGGCUCAUUACAAAGCUUGCAUGUAUGCUGGGAUCAAAAUUAGUGGAUCAAAUGCUGAAAGUGUUCCUUCCCAGUGGGAGUUUCAAGUCGGCCCAUGCGAAGGAAUCGAGAUGGGAGACCAACUUUGGGUUGCACGGUACAUCCUGCAUCGCGUUUGUGAAGACUAUGGAGUCAUAUGCAGUCUCGAUCCAAAGCCAGUGACUGGAGAUUGGAAUGGUGCUGGUUGUCAUGUUAACUUCUCCACGUUAGUCAUGAGAACACCAACUCCUGAAGGAACUGGCUAUAAAGCAAUCCAAGAGGCUAUUGUUAAGCUAUCAAAGGUUCAUUUGGAACAUAUUGCUUAUUACGAUCCCCAUGGUGGACGGGACAACGAACGACGACUUAUCGGCGCGAAUGAAACAGAAACCAUUAUUGCGUUUUCUUCCGGUGUUGCGAAUCGUGAAUGCAGCAUUCGAAUUCCGCGUCAAGUUUAUGACGAUAAGUGUGGAUACUUCGAAGAUAGACGUCCGUCCUCAAAUUGCGACCCGUACGCAGUAACGGCUACUGUUGUGAAAACGUGUUGCCUUUCCGGUGAAGAUAGCAAAUUGACAAUGAAAUAUCUCCCGCGAUUCUAG